UCCGGCCAAACUACAGUACAUACUUCAUUUUUCAACUUCCAUUCAUCAAGUUCUAGAGGGAGAAACCAUAGGUUUCUAGCGAUAGGAGAGUAAUAAUCAAUGGGGUUGGGUUUGCUAGCUUCCAGAGCCCUUCGAUCAUCGUCAUCUAGGGUUUUGUCAACAAAUCCUAGAUACAAUCUUUUUCGAACCAUCGUCUCCACACCCGAGCUUCACAAACCUGAAGCCGCGGCUGAAGCGGCUGCUGAGCCCGAUCUUCCAAAGCGCACUCCUGUUGCCGGAGCUAGGGUUCAUUUCCCCAAUCCAGAUGAUGUCAUCGAGGUCUUUGUCGAUGGGUAUCCGGUUAAGAUCCCAAAGGGGAUGACUGUUUUGCAGGCUUGUUCGGUCGCCGGCGUUGACAUUCCACGGUUUUGUUACCAUGACCGCCUUUCCAUUGCCGGUAAUUGCCGUAUGUGUCUCGUCGAAGUGGAGAAGUCACCCAAGCCAGUUGCUUCUUGCGCAAUGCCGGCACUUCCUGGGAUGAAAAUAAAGACCGACACACCAAUUGCAAAGAAGGCACGUGAAGGAGUAAUGGAGUUCCUUCUGAUGAAUCAUCCACUGGAUUGCCCAAUUUGUGAUCAGGGUGGGGAGUGUGACCUCCAAGAUCAGUCUAUGGCUUUUGGAUCCGAUAGAGGUCGUUUUACUGAAACAAAAAGAUCUGUGGUUGAUAAGAAUCUGGGUCCUUUGGUGAAGACUGUGAUGACUCGUUGUAUUCAGUGUACCAGAUGUGUCAGGUUUGCAAGUGAAAUAGCUGGGGUGCAGGAUCUUGGCAUGUUGGGGCGUGGGAGUGGAGAAGAAAUUGGCACCUAUGUUGAAAAGCUUAUGACCAGUGAACUUUCAGGGAAUGUAAUUGAUAUUUGUCCUGUAGGAGCACUCACCUCGAAGCCAUUUGCUUUUAAAGCUCGAAAUUGGGAGUUGAAGGGAACAGAAAGCAUUGAUGUUACAGAUGCUGUUGGUUCCAACAUACGUAUUGACAGUAGAGGUCCAGAGGUCAUGCGCAUUGUUCCACGGUUAAAUGAGGACAUCAAUGAGGAAUGGAUAUCAGACAAAACACGUUUCUGUUAUGAUGGUCUAAAGAGACAGAGACUUAGUGAUCCGAUGAUUCGUGGUGCUGAUGGACGGUUUAAGCCUGUGAGCUGGCGUGAUGCUCUUGCUGUGGUGGCUGAGGUCAUCCACCAAAUUAAACCUGAAGAAAUUGUAGGGGUAGCUGGUAAACUCAGUGAUGCAGAAUCCAUGAUGUUACUCAAAGAUUUCUUGAACAAAAUGGGGUCAAAUAAUGUUUGGUGCGAGGGAAAUGGCAAGAAUACAGAUGCAGAUCUGCGUUCCGGAUAUCUCUUGAAUAGCAGCAUCGGUGGAUUGGAAAAAGCUGAUUGUUUUCUUCUUGUUGGUACCCAGCCAAGAGUUGAAGCUGCUAUGGUAAAUGCCAGAAUCCGCAAAACUGUUAGAGCAACCCAAGCUAAGGUCGGGUACAUUGGCCCUGCAGCCGAUUUCAACUAUGAUCAUCAGCAUCUUGGCACUGGCCCCGAAACCCUAGUGGCAAUCGCUGAUGGCGGCCAUCCAUUCAGUUCCACACUCGCAAGUGCCAAAAACCCUGCCAUCAUUGUGGGUGCAGGUAUCUUCGAAAGGGAAGAUAAGGACGCUAUUUUUUCCGUCCUCCAAUCUAUGGCCGCCAAAAACGAGAACUUAAUCCGACCUGAUUGGAACGGGCUUAAUGUUUUGCUCUUGAAUGCCGCCCAAGCCGCUGCUCUCGACCUUGGACUUGUGCCUGAAUCCGACAAUGCCAUCGAAUCUGCAAAGUUCGUGUACUUAAUGGGUGCUGAUGAUGUUAACUUAGAUAAACUUCCAAAAGAUGCAUUUGUGGUUUAUCAGGGACACCAUGGCGAUAAUGGCGUUUAUCGAGCAAAUGUGAUCCUCCCAUCAGCGGUGUUUAGCGAGAAGGAAGGGAUAUAUGAGAAUACGGAAGGGUGUUCCCAGCAAACUGUCCCGGCGGUCCCCACCAUCGGCGAUGCUCGAGAAGAUUGGAAGAUAAUCCGAGCACUUUCUGAGGUUUCUGGGGUGAGACUACCUUACGACACCAUUCAUGGGGUCAGGUCACGGAUACGGACCGUGGCUCCAAAUCUACUGAAUCUUGAUGAGCGAGAACCGGCUGCUUUUUCCGUUUCGUUGAAACCUGAGAGCCCUAAAAAGGUAAGUAAAUUACCGUUUGGUGUUAUGGUCGAUAACUUCUAUAUGACCGAUGCCAUUACUAGAGCAUCGAAGAUAAUGGCACAGUGCAGUGCCGUGUUGACGAAAAAAUGAGCAGCCAUCAAAACUUUUAAGUUUUAAUAAAGCGGCCGUUUUCUGGUUCGAGUUCUCGGGUAAGAGGGCCGAAGCGCGGAGAUGGAAUGAAAAAACGAAAAAUUUGUUUGUAUAAAAGUACUUGCGGCGUAGAGAGUUUAUGCUCAUAAAUGGCAAGUUGAACAGUUUGUUUUUGUAAGUUAAGAAGUUCUUCUCUGUUAUGGAUUUUUAUUAUAUGAAUUGCAAAAACCAUGUUUAAAUAUACAAAAUUUGUCAUGAAAA